UCCUGGUCCCUCCCGCCGGGGGCGGCCGCUGGGGCUCGGGGCAGGACGGGACCGGGGACGGGGACGGGACGGGCGCUUCGGGACCGGCACCGGCCCCGCGGACCAUGGCGGGGCUGGCGCGGUGCCAGCGCGAGGCAGAGGAGGUGACGGAGCUGAUGAAGCAGAACUUCACCCGGGCGCUCGAGCGGGACGGACGCCUCCGCGACCUCGACAGCCGGGCCCAGGAGCUGCGCGCCAUGGGCGAAGCCUUCACCCGCAGCACCCGGGCGGUGGCGCGGCAGCAGCGCAGGGGACACCGGCGCUGGCGCCUGGGGCUGGCGGCCAUCGGCCUCGCCGCCCUCCUCCUCCUCCUCCUCCUCGCCGUUGGCCUGGCGCUCUGGCUGCCGCGGCGCCCGCCCGUCACCGUCGUCACCCCCGCUGUCGUCACCCCCGGUACCCCCCCCCCCCCGGCGGGGACCAAGCCCCCCAGCACCACGGGGAGUCUGGUAGGACUUUGGGAGACCCUACAAUAACAAAGCAGCGGGGGCUGUUUUGGGGAGCCCCUACAAUAAAUAAGAACCAGGACUUGU